ACAUUUAAUCUUUGUCCCAGUCACUGCCACCAUCUUCUGUGAUGUCAGACUAACAGUAUGUAUGUAGCUGUCUAAAAAAUGACAUUGUUCAUCCCUGAUAUGGCUGGUCGUCUGUUUUUGCUCAUCCUCCUUUUCGAUACCUUCCAGUACCUCAAAGCCAAAGAUCCUCCUCAGCCCAGUCUAACAGUGAUUCCUGCAGUCAUCAAAGAGAGAGACUCAGUUCAGCUGAACUGUCAGACUCCUCCAUCUGUCUCUGAGUGUUACUUCAAAAUGGAAGGGCAAGUGGAAUUCACCCUUCCAUCACCCUGUCAACAGACACUCACAGGAACACUACUGGUGAGGUGGACAGGUCAGAGUUCACCAGCUGAUGUCAAAAUCCAAUGUCAGUACAGUGCUACAGGUUCACAGUUUAGAUCCAUAUACAGUGAGUCUUCAACAGUCAAAAUUGCAGACCUUCCCCAGCUGACAGUGAGUUCUACAGUCAUCAGAGAGACAGAAUCAGUUCAGCUGAGUUGUGAGACUCCUCCAUCUCUCCCUGUGUCUCGGUGUUACUUCUACACAGAGGGGAGAGAUCCUAAACCCUCACCCUGUACGCAAUCACUCACAGGGACUGAGCUGCUCUCGUGGGCAGGUCAAAGUUCAUCUGCUGAGCUCAAACUGAGAUGUUUUUACACUAUAGAAACUCACUAUCCAUCGAUGCACAGUGGUUCAGUCUCUGUUACUAUUCUUGAUCCAAAACCAGACAUUACAGUCAAUAUUGAUGAGGACUUCAACAUCAUCUGUUUGAUUCCUGGAUCCGUCAGUCCUGACACCACCUGUAACCUGUAUGUUGGAGAGGAGAGUCAGCCAUCCUUCACAGCAAAGAUCAUGAAGAGAAAAGCCACCUCAGCAUCCAGACAGCAGUUCUGUCAAUUCACUCCAAAACAUAGUGAUCUGAUCAGUCGUCUACAGUCAGUGAGGCGUAAGGAGGUGACCUGUGACUACAGAUUGAGCUCAGGACCAAACUCUCUCUCUCCACGCAGUGAUGGGCACAGCUUUGCACAUCUGGUGGGAGUUCACAUCAGCGAUCCAACAACUAUACAGACACCUUCUAUAGCAGUGAGUUUGACUCCAGGUCCUAGAUCUACUUUGCCUCCCAGCACGACAGUGAGUCCUACAGAAGUUUCAACUGUUACUUCUACUUUGACCCCAGACACCACAGCGAGACCAUCUACCAGUUUGACCUCUCCUUUGACCCCCAGCACAGCUGUGAAUCCUACAUCAGGAGGUCAAAGCGUCACAGAAAGCGUUCUGGCAGUUUCGACUGUUACUUCUACUUUGACCCCUGACAUCACAGUGAGACCAACUAGUUUGACCUCUCCUUUGGCCCCCAGCACAGCAGUGAAUCAUACAUCAGAUUUGACUGUUAGUCCUACUUUGACAACUGAUACACCAAAGAGUCCAACUGAAAGAGGUCAAAGCUCCACAGACAGCGUUGUGAAUUCAAACAGUCAAAAAAGAGUUUGGGUGGUGCAACUAUGGCAGACAACAGUGUGUAUGGCUUCUGGAGUGGGCGUGUUCUGGAUGGGAUUGACAGCUGUCUGUCUCUGCAGGAGGACCAAGAAAACCAGUUCUCAGAGAUCUACAGCCAGACAGGAUGAUCACAGCCAAUAUGAUUUGGUGAUGGGAGCUAUGAGCAGUGCAGGCAUGUUGGAUUCAAGGGAUGCUGGGAUCUAUUCUCUCAUCACCUUUGUACCGUCCACGUUUUUCCACUCAGAGAAUGCAGGGAUCUACAGCCUGAUCACUUCUGUACCAUCCACAUCUGUACCACCAGGUCCUUUUGAAGAAAAUGGAAAGUCAUCUGAAAACGACAAUUCUGAUAUGUACCAUGUAUACAACUCAAUCCCCGACAGACCAGCAACCUCAGCCCAGCCGGAUGGGUUUUACAGUCUUCUGCAGACAACCUGAAACGAGACCACUGGCUCUCUGUAUGUCUCACAGAAAUAUUGUUUCUUUCAGGAUGUCCUUUAUUUAUCACACAUCAUGUUACUGUAAAUAAGUACCUAAAAUAUCUACUACAGUACCGUUUCUAUUUAUAAGUAACAUACAGUAAGCAGCCGCUAGAGGCCCCUCCCCCCUCCAAAAACAACCGUAGGAUAGUAGAAUACACAACGUGCAGUUUCGAAAUGUGGUUCUACAUCAGAAGUUUUUCUCUUGUUAUUUCAGUCACUGACAGUCACUCAAUUAUCCCAUGUCAGCUAAGAUUUUAUAGAUUGCUAGGCAAGUUAGUCUAGCCAGCUAUCUAAGUCUUGUUGUAAUGGCCAAAUUACUGCCCAGGGGCCCUGACUUCCAGGGGGCCCCCAAUGAUUGUGUUAGUCACUCUCACUCAGAUAUCAAAUGAACAUGGCAUAAGUCAUGGCAAAAUGUGUAGAAUUGCAGGAUAUUAGCUUUAAACUGAAUUUUAUUAUGUCAACGACAAUGGCACAACGUGUUGAAUUUCAGGAAAUUUGCUUAAUAACUGCAAAGUUCUCUCCGCCCCAUGGCAAAAUGAGUAGAAUUGCAGGACUUGAAAGCUCCAAAUGUUUCUCUUUGCCGCCAUGAGCGGGGCCAUUAAAAUGUUUUGUCGGUGAGGUAGGCAAAUCUCGUUUAGGGUCCCCAAAAUGCUUGGAACUGCCGUAAUUUACACAUUGACACCUGGCCUGGACACCUGGCCUGGAGUUUGGAGCGGUCCGGGGCAUACUCCCCUUUAAAUAUUUUUCAGUAAAUGCCCAAGUAAUUAUAUAUUGUAUUUAUAUCUAUUCUGUCAUCUAUGUGAUAUCUCCUUCCAUAAAACAGUUUGAUACAGUUUACUAAAUAAAAUAUAUUUUGAUCAAAAUCGAUAGUUACAGACAAUUAAAAAUCAAUAAAUAUAUAACAUAUUCACACAUAAUGCAAAAAACAGGUAAAUAGGAAAUUAAGAUGAAUUAAUUAAAAUUAAGUCAUUAAGAUACAAAGUGGUAUUGCUAAGACAUUUUCAUUUCAUCUUGUGUUGAAAUAUGCUUAUAAUAUAAGCCAGAUGCACACAAAAAAUCUGGGGGAAAAGUCUGUUAUUUUAACAAUUUUUGCGGCAAAGGUUAGCAAACCCCAAAAGCCUGAUCUUAUAGCAAAAGUAUUGAUAUUGCCCACAUACGUUGUUACAAGCUACAAAAUAACAUUUCAUUUAAAAAAAAUGUUUACAUUGUUGGCAACAUCCGAUCAUCAAAACUGAAAAAUAUAGAUUUCCAAAUGUUAUUCAAAUCUCCAAAUUUCUCCAUGUUAACUUGUUAUUUUCCAAGUUCCCAGUUUAAUUUAAACUACUCAGCACCUCAGUCGCUCCUACAAUGUGUAGUGUUGUAGACACAUUCUAGCCUUGAAGUCCAAUGACUGUGGAGUGGUUCAGAUGUAAAUGGUGUGAGAACACAACUUCAUUACAUUGUCUAAUAUGAGCUUACAUUCUGUUUCGAUGCACACUUGAGCCCAGCGGUCAGGGUGGUCAAUUAUGCUAUGGGGGAUGGCUUUGUUUGUUGAAAAGGGGUGGCUCCCCCCUCACCUCCCAUAUACACUGUACACACUGUACAUAUAUCUUUCUAUUGUGGUAUUGACUGUACGUUUGUUUAUGUGUAACUCUGUGUUGUAGUUUUUGUCGCACUGCUUUGCUUUAUCUUGGCCAGGUCGCAGUUGUAAAUGAGAACUUCUUCUCAACUGGCCUACCUGGUUAAAUAAAGGUGAAAUAAAAUAAAUAAAUCCCUCUUCUAUAAGACCUUUAAGGUACAGCAAAUACAAAUGUUUUUUUUCUCUGUUUGAAAUGCUCUCUUCUGUAAAACAAAAAAUUAAGCAGAAUAAAUUGACUUUGACCAUUCCUUCA